AUGAUCCGCUGCACAGUAACGUGAUGUUUAUGAAGAAAAAGCCGAAGACACUUUUGAAGAACGUACUUCUUUCGUUUCGUUAUGGAAACGCGGGGAAUGCGUUAGUUUGGUAAACAAGGUUAGAUUUAGUAGCGCUUUCUCCGUAGCUCACCAUACGCGGGCUGCCAUUGAAUGUUCAACGCGAGGCGGAAAACUUUUCGUUUUGUUGGAAAUGGAAACGGCGAAGUUUGAAACGUGUCUGUCGAUCGAUCGGGUCCGUGUUGCCAUCAUGAAGCAUGGCUGAUAACAACCAGGCAUCUAAACUUUAUUUCGGCAUUGUUUUCCUUCUCGUUUUGAUGCUAAUCGCCUAUAUCUUGACUUGAUUUCCACGACAAUAUUCAAAAUAACGGGCGUUUCUAGGGGGAACGAUCGCCCUGCAGUUGAAAACACUUAAACUUAUUUAAAUAUCUUUAACAUUGACUGUAAACGCAAGCUCGAUUAAUAAAUACACAAACCUUGUGUAAAAGUAAGGGGUACCGCCCCUAUUUCAUGAGCAAAUUACAGUUCAGUGGCACUAACCAGUCAUAUGAAGUAAAAAAUGAUCGUUAUAACGAUGGUACGGUACUGCAUAGGCUCCUGUGACACACCGUCUAGUUGGAUAUUGCACGGAUCAAACUGCUCGUAUGGCCGUGUUAAACCAUAGUUCAACUAAAAAGACGAGGUCGGCAGAAUGCCGGAUAAGGACACUGAUUUGCCUAGGAAUCUAGGGACAUUAUAGCCAAUGAAAUUGGCUUAUUCGGAAUUACAUGAUCGGACUGUUUUCUUGAUCAAAUUGGGUCUUUGUGGAUGAUGGAUGGCCGUGACUUCGGACCCCACAGAUCUGUGCACGUACCGCCGCCUCUGCUCUCGGGCUUGGCCAUGGAGUCGCACCGACUCGGCGCUGCCGCUGCGGCGGGUAGAAUACCACCGUCUCCCGGUCAUCUGGGCGCGGGGCACCCGGCGGCUCUACACACUGGAAAAUUUUUAUCCUCGGCCAUGAAUCUACAUUCUCACCACAGUGAUGCCUUUCCAGGUGCCUCAAGCCCAUUCCUUAGCGGAUACGUCAGCGCCUCUAAUGCUCACGGAGGCCCCAACCCUCUAUCUUCUGAUCCAGCCUUUCGAACCCCUAACCCUGCCAGCCUGCAAAUGGCCCAGCUCUGGGCAUCCCACCCUCACGAAGGUUUCACUCACUUGCCAAGCAGUCUGUACACCAGCCCUUACAUUCCCUUGGGUCACCUUGAUCAUCAGCAACUCAGCCAACAUGCACUCUUUGACCCCCAAAAAGAGGGGUUUUACCUGCCAGGUUCACUGCACUCCCAGUCUGCAAUGGCAAGGAGCCCAGUGGCUCACAUGCCUGGCUCUCUCUCCAGGGAGAAGGAGGCCUUACCUUCUCACAAAAGCUCUAAAGAUUCAAGCAGGGAGCUGGGAAAAGACAAGCCCUGUAAAAGUGACCAAGGCCACUCAUUCUCGAGGAAGGAACGCGAGAGGCAGAAAGAGGAGUCGCGGCCCCACAGUGUGGUGGACCUCACCCAGGAUGUCAAGGCGGAAGAUGAACGCAGAUCUGGCAACUCGGAGAGGCACCUGAAGACUGCUGAGCACACUCGGCCUUUCUUUCACCAGCACUCGCCUGCGCAUAGCACCAUGGACACUAAACCCAAACAGUCUCAUCAGAGUUUCUCAAGCACGCCAGCCCGACACCCGAGUGUUGAACAAGAGAGGAGGGACAGAGACCGAGAUGAUGACAACAGCCGACCAGGGGGCCACCUCUCCACCGAAAAGCAGAAAAGAUGCGAUUCGGCCGCUACGUCAGCUGGCAAUCAGCAUGUGUCGUACGCCAGUCCUUCUACCCUGCAGCCCAACCCAUCCCAUCUCCCGCCCAGGCUGGUGUCCUCUGGCACAUACCCUCCCCCUCACCACAUGCCACCCAGCAUGUACCCGCUCUACUCUACGGCUAAAGAGCCAGGCAAAGAACACAGAGUGAUAGCUCCUACUUAUGUGCCUUCUGUCGAGGUUUACGAAGAGCGAAAAGGGCCAAUUCAAAUUGCCUCCCAAGCUCGAGAUAAUAAAAAUGACAAAAGCAGGGAGAGAGAAUCAUACAGAUCUGCCCUGCAGGUGGGGAAUGAGAGAACACAUAUGGACCAUAGCCGGUCCAACAUCAGGAGUGAGUUGCCCCCUCACGGGGACUUCAAGAGAGAUGUUUUACGAGAAGAAGGCUCCAUAAUAAGGUCAAACGGUUUGGCCACGAAAAAGCCCUUGAAUCUGGAAGUGUGCGCGAGUAAAGCUGGAAACAGCCCGGAUGCCAGGGACUCGACCAACACUACAUCAAAACACACGGUCAGAACGGGACUUGAGGCUGAAUCCCGCAGCCAAGACCGAGACAGGGUUCAAAGGUCUGCCCAUCCGUUCUCAGGAAUGGAUCCUGGCUCACUCCACCCAGAGCAACAUUCACUGAACGGCUUGGGUUCUGCCGAGCCCAAAUGGAAACCUUUUGAGAUGGGAAACUACGCUACUAGUCACAUGGCCGCAUUGGCAGCCCAACAUGCCCAUGACCCCAGAGGCGAGGAAGACAGCAAGCGGAUGAACACUACAGGCUUACAUAGACCGGCGGGCAGCGGUGGAAGUCCCAAGGGCCACGGGGAAGUGUCAGCCAUGCAGAGCCUCAUAAAAUACAGCGGCAACUUCUCCAGCGAGUCUGGAUCCAGGCACGGUUCGGAUAGCUGCAAUCCAUUUGGAGGUUUGGGCAGCAUGAAACCGGAGGCCAGUUAUUCCGGAGUGUCUAGAAUUCAGCAUCUUCCACCCCAGCAGUCUGGCAAGCAGCUAAAGAGGGAACCAGAGAGACCAGAGAGUGCCAAAUCUUUUGGCAGAGAUGGAAGCUCAUCUCAAGGGGAUGGAGAGGUUCGUCAUCCCCCAGUUGGCAUCGCUGUUGCGGUUGCCCGACAGAAGGACAACAGCAAGUCCAGGUCGAUAUCGGACAGGGACAGGCCCCUUCUUGUGGGAACAAUCAAAGGCCCUAUACACGCAGAAGAGGAGCAGGGAGACGAGAGGGCACGUCACCGGGACGAGCGUCUACUCGUGGGACGUCUGGAGCGUGAUCAGGAUAAAGUGUUACGUGACACUAAAGAAGACUACAAUCGGUUGCAUCCACCUAUGGUGUCUGCUAGUGGACUGAACCCCAAUCUGAUGGUGACCGGAGGACCAACGUUGGCUGGUGCGGGCCGCUGGCCUGCUGACCCCUCCUCCCACCUGGCCUCUCACCCCUGGCUGCCCCGCCCUGGAGCCCCCUCCAUGUGGCUAUCCGGCUCUCCAUAUGGACUGGGUCCGUCCUCUCUCCAUCAGGCUCUGCCUCCAGGAUAUCCUUCAGCUCUGACAGGCUCCAUCCCCCCGCCUUACCAGUUUGCCCGAGACCCGCAAACCGGACAGCUGGUUGUUAUUUCGACAGAGCAUCUGCCGCACUAUGCUGAGAUGUUGGAGCGAGGACCCCCGCUGUGGUCGGCCGUGUACCCGCAGGCAGGAAGCUCUCUGCAGCACGCCCAUCAGCUGCAGCUCCUCUCCCACCAGCAGCUCUUGCGCCAACAGGAACUCUACAUGAUCCAGCACCAGACCGCACAGGUCAUAGAGCUGCAGAGGAACGCACAGCUAGUGGAGAGAUUAAAUGCAAGUCAACCAAGGACCGAUUUGGAGGAAAAGCCUGACAAGAGAACAUCCGAGGGAACCAAAGCCAGUCUCUCGGUCAUCCCUGCUCCGCCCCUGCACUCGCGCAAACCACCACCACGCUCCUCGACCCCCUCCACCUCAUACAGCAAAGCCCUGACGCCGCAGCCCGUCGCCCCCCUGCCUUCACCCGUCUCCGCGAUGAAAUCCGAGGACAGACCCAAGGUGGAGAAGACCCUUCCUCAGAAGCCCUACUCUCACCCGUCAUCUCCUGUCACGCACCCGGUCCGCCCCGCUUCAGUCACAGUUCCUACUGUCUCCCUCAUCCGACCCAAAGAAGAGUCUGUGGAAGUGCCUGAGAAAGAAUCACUCGGUUUACAGAAACAACCUUCUGCUCCCUUCCCAUCCAUGUACCCUGAAAUUCCACCUGGCUACCCAUACCAAUCGAUAACAGCCCCGUUCGGCAGCCACUACCCCUACCUCCUCCAGACGGCCGCUGCCGCAGACACCGAUGGCCUUGCGCCAGACGUGCCUUUGUCGGCGGAGACCUCCGAGCACUUGCCGACCACCCUGGAUGUCAAACCACGUUACUUGUGUUCUCCAGUGGUCGUGGAGCCGCUUCAGGUGUCUACAGAGCCAGAGCCUAUUGAAGAAAGCACUGCGUUCAAAAGAGAGCCAAGCGUAGAGGUUGAAAAUGUCCUGAGCCAAAACAGCCCAAGGCUUCUUCAUUCUGCCUUUGGUUCUUUUCCAACCACACAUGACUCUACACAAGCUGAGGCACAUCCCACAAUCACGCCACCACCUCGGGAUGAACAAGAACAGGACAGCAGGGAGGUCGUCAAAAUCGAAACAAUCUCCUCUAGCCCUCCACGACUGUACGACUCAUCCAGCCUAGAAUCUGAAAGAACCUCCAAAGCAGAAGCUGGCGAGGACUCGACUAGUCUUCAUUCCUCAUUGACUUACACUGACGCAAGCUCUGUAGUUUGUGACAUACAACCAGCAAACCCACCCCUAGAUCUCUCCGACAGGAAGAGCCCAAUAGACCUCAGAGAACCUGAUGCACCACAUCUAGAGUCCAUACAUGACAAUCUCUUUCUCCCUAAUACCAGCCCUCCUCAUCUCCAGCCUGCACCGGUGGCCAUCCUGCCCGAAGACCCCAUGGCAGGCAUGAUCGCCUUGGUUACAGCCAGUGAGCUUCCGCAGGCUGGAGCCGUGUCCGUCGCAGCAAAGGUGUCCAGCUUUGGGUCCGAGAUCUGCCCUGGCGUCAGUCUCCUAGAGUCCACUGCUUUGGAGGGCAUGGCACUGCUUAGCCAGAUGGCAGAGCUGGAGAUGCAAAGGCAACCAAGAGAAGACACGCAGGGCGUAAUGCUUUGUGGACUGGAGAGUCUGCUGGAAGCUGGCAGGCAGAUCCUUCUGGAGGCCAUCGAGUGUCAACCUGAGGUUAUCAUCUGCCUCCCCCGAGAGCUCAAUCCUAACAAGAAAUACAGCUGGAGGCAGAAGAAAGAUGAACCUAUGUUCUCCAAAUCCUCUUUGGAAGGAAUGGAUGCAGCAGAAGUGGUAUUCCGGGUCAUGCUUGCCGAGCUGCAGCAGCGCUACAAAGAGAAGCAAAGAGAGCUUGUCAAACUGCAGAGACGGCGAGACAAAGAAGAGAAACGUCAGCAACAACAGAUCCAGCAGCAGGAGAGGAACAGAAGUUUAGCCCGCAGGGGCCCGGGACGUCCCCGAAAAAGAAAACAUGGCAUGUGUGCACUGUCUCCGCCCUCUGGCAAGCUGGAUUCGAAGUGUGCAAAGUUGGGCAAAAGUGUGCUUUACUCGGAGGACUCGGAGAGCGGAGAGGUGCUGAGGAAGCGCUUUCGGGCCUCUAAUAGAGAUGAGGAGGAGGAGAGCAGCGCCAUGAGGUUGAAGAAGAAAAAAAAGAGCUGGAGCGAGCAGGAGGCGUUUUUGAGCUACUCUCACGAGACUCCAAAAAUGGGCAUGAAGAAGAGCCGAUUGAGCGAGCAGGAGCAGUUGGCAUCCAAACUUGACAAGGCAUUGUCCCUCACAAAAAUUGGUAAACUCGGCAAGCCCUCUUGUAAGAUCAUAGACGGUUCCUCCGGGAAGUCUAGGGCUAAUUCUGGAAGCAGGAUUCCUAUGCUCACUGACAUAGACAUGAGAGUCAAGAUGGGGAAAUCAGGCCUGUCAAAAGAUCUGAGCAUCUUUCUCAAGUCUUCCAAAGGAGGUAAAAGUAAAAUGGGUACCAAAACAAAGCCUUCAGAUCCAUGCCUUAAAGGGAAAGGCCAGCGAAAAGCUCCUUAUUCUCCAGUGAGGUCAGAAAUCAGCAGCUAUUCAAACAACACAGAUUCCGAAGAGGAUGAAUCCCUGCAGGAUGGCUGGCCUCCCAGUUCUAUGUUGAGGAGAACAGGGCCACGUCCACAGCUCCCCGGCCUGUGCAGCACUCCGUCCAAGAAAGUGCGCUCGUCGUCCAAGAUAGCCUCUUCAUCUUCGUCAUCACUCAAGUCCAAGCAGGCGGCCAAAGAGAGGAAACAUAAGCACUUUGCUUUAUUGCUUCAGGAGGCAGGAGUCAGCUCUUCUGAGGACUCAUUUGACCAAGAGUAUUUCACCGAACGGGAUGAUUAUGAGGAUGACGAUGAUGAAGACGAGUUUGAUUACGAGCUUGAAGAGAGCGACGGUUUGUGUUCGUCAUUCGUAGAGGAGAGCGGAUUGGGUCUUCUGGCCCGCUUUGCCGCCAGUGCCAUCCCAAGCCCCAUUGUCACCAAUCCCAUCUCCGUUGUCCAACUGGAGGCUAAACAGAAAGCCAAGAAAAAAGAGGAACGGCAAAGUCUUCUCGGUACAGAGUUUGAGUUUACCGAUUCCGAGAACGAUGUUAAGACAAGAAAGAAGUUCCCGUCUCUGUUGCACGGCAAACGGUCGGCUCCUGAGCUUCCUCUCUUGCCACCCGCCAGCGUCAUGCGUGUCGACUCCAGCCCCAGCAAGCGUGGACGCAAGCCCAAGAAACCCAAAUCCCCCCGGGAGUUCAGUUUCGACCUCACCGCCGAGGGAAGCGAAGACGAGCAGUGGACCCGAAGAAGAAGCGAGCGCAUCUUCCUCCACGAUGCAGCCCAAGCCACCCCUGUCACCCUGUCCAACAAAACUCCUCUUCCGCUCGCUCCCAAGCCUGCACGCGGCCCCAAAGCGUCACCGCAAGGCCCCAAGGAGCUGGCAAGAGUCAAGGAGGUGAAAGACCCCAACAAGAAGAAAAGGAUUAAGGAGAGCCCCAUGAAUCUGCCCCAACCUCAGGUCUCCAGUACACCCUCUGAAAACUCUGGGGCACUUCCUGUCAGUCCAGGACGCAAGAGCAAAGUCAAGCCCAAAGCUAAAGAGGAAUUGGGCCAAAAUGUGCUUGAAUUCCUCCAGCAGGCCCGAGGGAAGGGCGGCGCUGUCAGUAAACUGAUGGAGAGUAUGGCUGCUGAUGAAGACUUUGAGCCUAACCAGGACAGCAGCUUCUCGGAGGAUGAGAAUCCCCCCAUGAGCGCCCAGCCUGAAAGACCCUCCACUCCCGCCCCCAGGAACUGUGUCAUUAACAAAGAUGAACUGCAGGAUGGCUUGCGGGUGCUCAUCCCUAUGGAUGACAAACUGCUGUAUGCAGGACACGUCAGCACCGUUCACUCUCCUGACAUAUACAGUGUGGUGGUGGAGGGCGAGAGGGGCAACAGGCCACACAUCUACUGUCUGGAGCAGCUUCUACAAGAGGCCAUUAUUGAUGUGAAACCCCCCUCAGUCAGAUACCUUCCCCAGGGGACCAGAAUCGCAGCCUAUUGGAGCCAGCAGUACCGUUGUCUCUACCCUGGCACGGUUGUCAGAGGGAGUCCUGACAUGGAAGAAGUGGACGACUUGAUUACGGUGGAGUUCGAUGAUGGAGACACUGGCCGUAUCCCACUCUCUCAUAUUAGGCUGCUACCACCGGACUACAAGAUUCAGUGUGCCGAACCAUCCCCUGCCCUACUUGUGGCCAGCACCAAAAGACGAGGAAGGAAGUGUAGUAAGGAUGUACCUGAGGGCAAAGAGACACCUCUAAAAAGCACAGAGGAGGCUGCUCCAAAAAGUAGAGGACGAGGAAGGAAACCCAAACCCAAGCCUGAGCCUGAAGUCGCUCCAAAGGAGCAUGAAAAGACUGACACAACGGCCCCAACACAGGUCUCAGAAAGGCCCCUGUCCAGCCCGAAAAGCAGCCUUCGGCCAGGUAGUAAAAUUAAGCAAGUCAGCACAGCUAGCGCCUCCAUCCCCGUGUCUAAUGAAAGCCAGAAGAAAUAUGCUGGAAUCAAGCCCCCAGUCAAAGUACGUUCCCAGCCGCUGUCUGUGUACUCUCCGCCGCUCUACGGAAAAGUUCUUUCUGUGGAUCUCUAUAAUGAGCCCUGUACUUCUGUGGCUUCUUUUAAAUCCAACAAUGAAACGGAAACUCCCGCCGGGAAAGGAAAGCCAGUCAAGCGCUUGCGAAAGGCUGAGGAGGAGACAUCAGGCUUUGGGCUAAAAAUGCAGCGCAAGCAACCUCAGACGGAGAUCCUUAUCAAGCUUGACCAUGAAGGAGUCAUGUCACCCAAGACCAAGAAGACCAAAGCCUUGAUGAUGAUGGAAGGCCAAAAUCUCUCCAAAAGAGACAAUAAGUCUGUAAUGGGUGUCGACUACACUACAGUAUCCGCUCCUGGAGCUCCUGACAAAACCCUGAAAUCUAAAACUAAGCCAGCUGAUGUUGAUCUCUCCGAGAGCGCGUCCACCUACAGCGUCCGUAAGCUGGGCAGUGAUGGUCUGAUUAAGGUGAAUGGCUCUUCUGAGAAGGGAAAGGAGUGUCACAACUGUAGUAGCAGUAGCAGCAGCAGCUCCGAGUCGGAAGGAGAAGAGGAGCGAGGGACCUCCCAGGACAAGAAGCCCAAACCGGUCUCCACCAGCUCCAACAGCUCACGUGCAUCAAGCUUCGCCUCCUCCAGCUCAUCCACCAGCAGCUCCUCAUCCUCAGCAGGAUCCUCCUCUUCAUCUUCAACAUCAUCUACCACCAGUGAUGAGGAAUCCUCCUGCAGCUCCGACGAAGAACCAGUGGCUGCGUCCCAAUCCUCUCCUGCAGAGCAGACACCACAUAAAUGCGAAGAAGAGAAGAUAAAUGCCAAAUCGGGGCCUCCAGCCAACCUCCAGAAACUUGAGAAGCAGCAGGCUUCUACAACAGAGCACCAGCAGCAAAAGCCCCAGAAGGUGAAGCAGGGGGUUGGCCGUCCCAAAAAACGAGAAGGAAUCCACCUCCCAACAACCAAGGAGCUGGCGAAGAGACAAAGACUACCAUCUGUAGAGAACAGACCCAAGAUUUCAGCUUUUCUUCCUGCCAGACAGUUGUGGAAGUGGUUUGGAAAGCCCACUCAGAGACGAGGAAUGAAAGGAAAAGCAAAGAAGCUUUUUUACAAAGCCAUAAUGCGUGGGAAGGAAAUGAUUUGUAUCGGCGACUGUGCCGUUUUCCUGUCUGCUGGACGACCCAACCUUCCCUUCAUCGGACACAUCCAGAGCAUGUGGGAGUCCUGGGGAAACAACAUGGUGGUCCGUGUCAAAUGGUUUUAUCAUCCAGAGGAAACCAACCCGGGAAAGAAACUUCAUGACAAAAAGAACUGGGAUCAGAUGUCUGGCCAAAGUCUUCCUACCGUUCUGCAGGCUUCCAACCAGAGGAAAGACUUCAUGGAGCGGGCUCUGUACCAGUCCUCUCACAUUGAUGAAAAUGAUGUUCAGACCAUUUCUCACAAAUGUCUGGUGGUUAGUCUUGAGCAGUAUGAACUAAUGAUUAAAACUAAGAAGUACCAGGACAGCGAGGAUCUCUACUACCUGGCUGGCACGUAUGAACCCACCACGGGAAUGAUCUUCAACACAGAUGGUGUUCCUGUCAUCUGCUGAGAAACAAAUGAGACGUGUAGAGCAAAAGGAGUGAAAUCGGAAACAAGGGCUAGACAGUUGUACUGGCUUUACUCAAAGCCCAACUAGAAGAAACUCUGACAGAGAUAAAAAUGUUGAAGGGUUUGAUUGCACGUCAUUUCAAACACAAGGUUUUCAUGGAAAUCGCUCAGUAUUGUAUUGUAAAUAUACGUAUAUCCCAAAUGUGUUGGACCUAGAGCACCUUGUGUAUGCAUUGUUUUGAUCCACUGACCUGAUUGUGGUGGACGAACUGUGAUGGUCCUUCGACUUGAAGAAUCUCCAAGCUGAAGCGAGAAAUAUGUCAAACAAAGUGAAAACGUGUCUGAAACGUCUCAAAGGUCAAUUGCAUCCGUACUGCAGUUUUCUUUUGUCCCACCCGUCACCGGUGCCCCUGGAAUGGAGGUGACACCAUUUCUACGGGUCUCAUUGUGCGGGCUGAGAGGACCUGCAUGGAACCAGCUUCCUCAGCCUUGAGGCCAGCGUUCGGAAAAAAUAAAUUAACCUGACAGGCUCAUGUCACACUUGCCGUUCUUAUCCGUCCAGGGAGCCGUCGCUAGUAAAACCCUGCCAGAACUUCAAUGGACGGGGAUGGAUUAUAAACUUGGAAAGAUAAUAUAACGCUAUACGUAACGUUUUGGCCUGCGCGAGGAGUACUCAAAAGACACAUCUCGCCCCGCCUCACAGCCCAAGGACAACUUCGAGGUCUGUUUAUUAACUGGAAAGUGUGAGUCACUUUUACGCUAAGCAGACCAAAAGAUCUAUGAGAAUAAUAUCGUCUUUGCUCACCACCGAGGCAGUUUCUUUAUAUGAGUCAAGGGCUCUACUGGGACAGAAUCGAUUCUGAUGUUGUGACCCAUUUGUAAAUACAUGCAUACAAGCUAUAUACGAUACGGACAAAUAUAUUUUAUUUUCGUGUACCAUAGAUUUAUGUGACGGUAAAUUUUUUAAAGCAGCAAAAGAUAAAAGAAGCUUUAAUAAACUGUGAAUAAAAUUUCAAACAAAAGUAUCAGGAACUAGUUUUAGAGUAAAGAUCUUGUUAGACGUUACUGGAACCUAUCUCAGAUGCCCACUACAUUGACGACGUAAUGUAAUGUUAUCUUGAUAUCAAUGCUACUAUUACAGGACAGAUAGUUUUGUGGGAUUUGACAGUGUUCGGAGCCAGUUUUCCCAUAAUGCAUUUUUACAACAGAAAGCACUUAAAUUCUGCCCCUUAGUCUUACACGGGACAGACAUUUCGACAAUCCCAUUGCAGGUGGACUCUCUUCUCUCAUUGCGUCUCAGGGUCAUUGAGAGAUGGAGAAUUUUAAAGCACCAUAUAAUCAUGCCGUGUCUAUUUUACUUGACUUUUCCCGCUUUAGUAGAACUUUCCCCCCUCUCUUCCCCACAGAAAGCAAUUACAUCUCAUGCAUGAAAGCACUUUCUUAGAGUAAACUAAUAGCAGAGCGAAUCAGAGUGGAGGCACAAGCGUUAUCUGUAUAUGCCACAGUUGAAAGCCUUCAUGCCUUCCUGUGUUCUCUCGAUCUCAACGUUUAUGGCAGGUUUUUCUGGUUCAUGGCCUUAAUAGCCUUAACCUUGGUCCCUAAAAGCUGCCACAUGCUGGCAAAAUCAAAGUCUGAAUAUUGUCUUUGAAAAUAGGUCCCGCUGAUUGAUAUUGUGUUCCAAGAAAGUGCCAUCGCUCGAAAGAGGCGCUGGCGUGCUGUUAGGACCAGACUACAUAUUCGCUGCUUCUCUAAUCAAGACCAGUCAAAUGUAUUUGAUUUGUGGUAUCAUUAUGUGCCCAACGCCCUGUUGUUCACAGCCUAGAAAAUGUGUUAUUUUCCGUAAUUGUGACUACGGUUGUGCCUCAUUUAAAUACUUCAGAGGAGGUAUGAAUGUCUUUUCAAAAUGUGUUAGUCAAAUGCUUAGGGUUUUUGGUUACGCAAAAAUAAAUUUGAAUACCUUUUUUAAAGUUGUAUGCUUAUAUUAGUUUUCAUAACAUGUGGCUCCAAUUGAUUUCUGCAGUUGCCUUGUUUUCUGUAUGUUUUCUUUUCUGUUUAUUUCUAGCCAAGUGUUGUAGCUUCAAUUUUCUUUCUACCUCCUACUUUGGUUCACCAUUUCAUUUGAUACUUUUUAAACUCAUGAAAAAUAUUGUCAUUGCUAUUUUACGUAUAUUGCCAAGAAUGCCCCUGUCUCUGUGAAUGUAGAUCUGAUACUUCCUGAUUCUUUCUGUUGUUUUUAUGUUUUCCCCAUUUUUGGAGGGAGGAUGGAGAGAUCGAGAAGCUUACGGACACUAGAAACUUUUGGUCUGAACGUUUGGAGCAUUUUUGGCCUACUCAGUAUUUCCGAAUUUCUUUAUAUUUUAGAAUCGUGUUGACACUAUUACAUACGGCGAUAACGAUAAAUGUCGAAAUUGUUUUUUAUUCAUGUACGGUUCAUAUAACAUUGCCCAAUCUCUCUUAAAGAGAUUAUUUUUCUUGUUGAUAUUCAAUAGGUUGUAUUUUUUUAUGUUUUGAGUGUUUGGUCUUGGGGUUUAAAGGUGUAUUCAGCCUAUUCCGACUGUUUUCUAAGUCACCUAAUUUGGUUGAGAAUUGUCCACACACCCAAAGCUAUUCACAUGCCAAAUGAUUCUGAAAUGCACAGGAAAUCUAAUGCAACGCUUAAGUGAAUCGACACAAUCUUUGAAUUUAUUUUGUGUUGCCUGUUUAACAAGAUAAACAAAUUUAAGUGCCCCUGAAAACAGAACGUUUACUCCGAGCUUGAGUCAAGCUGUAAAGCACUUUUAGAGUAUUUUUGUCUGCAUGUUUUAGUAAUAGCAUAUAUGCUUCUAGGAAAUAUAAUAGAGCAAUUGACAGACAAAGUUUAUUUUGCUUAUUGUGAUGUGUAGUGUAAAGUGAACAGAGAUUCGAGUCCAUCCUUUUUCCCCUUAGGUCACCGUAAGAAACGGUGACCUCUGCUGGUAGCACACGUGGAUUGAAUUGGUGAUGUACUCUGCUUCUUGUCCAGGGUCUGUUUGAGUGUCUUAUGAUGUUUAAGGUUUAACUGGCAUAUUACAGAAAACGGUGUAUAGCUGAAUAGAAGCUAAAUAGACUUCACUGUUGUUUGCAUGAUUCUGUUCAACCUUUACUUUUUUGUUUUCUUUCUUUAUGACAUUCCCCCUCUCAGAACAAUGGUCCUUCAUGCUUAAUGUGCAAUACUGCUGAAUUUGGACUCUGUGAGGUAGCUGCUAGUGAGGGAAGGAUUGUGUACAUGAAUGUGGGAGAUGAGAGAAAGUUAGUGUGGACUGGAGGCUGGUCCUUCACUGGUCUUCAUCUGCUGUUCCUUCAGCAUCAGUAAGGUCCUGUUACGAUGAAAAAAGAUGAAAAAUUAUAGUUUUGAAAUUAUUGUUUAAAAUUUUAAAGCAUCAAGGUUUUGUAAAUGAUCCUUUUAUGAGAGGGGGAGAUAAGUAUGGAUAUACUUUGUACACAUUUAAUCUUGUAAAAAAAUAUGAUAUACAUUUUUUUAAAAAUUAAACUGACAUUAAUGAUUGCUGUUGACUUGUGCGUAAACUUGAUGGGAUAUGAUUUGUAUUUUUUUACAGACACAACCAGCAUUAUCAGUGUUUUUCGAUUCUUUUAGUAUCUCAGUAUUUUCUAGUUCAUCAAUAAACGUCAUGAAAUGAAAA